CUCGAAAUCAAGAUGGUGCAAAAUCUAAACUGUUAGAAAAUAUGUCUGCUUCAGAGGUGUUCAUAGUAUUUGAUUGGGCAAUGAAAUAUCUACCCAGAAGGUACCGAGAGGAUCAAAGCAACUGGUUUGCCAAGAGGGGUAUUAAUUGGCACAUUAGUAUAGUAUUUCACAAAACAGAAAAUGAUUUAGAAAGUCUUGGAUUUGUCCACAUAUUUCAAAAUCAAAUAUCGCAGGAUUCCCGUACUACCAGUGCUGUCAUCUUAGACACUAUCAGAAGUGUGAAGGAAAAGUAUCCACAGAUAGAUGGAUUGCAUUUAUGGUCUGACAAUGCAGGAUGUUAUAAAAGCACUGAAACAAUCAGUGCACUGUUCCAUAGCGGAGAAGUUACCUCAUAUAACUUUUGUGAAGCACAGGAUGGUAAAGGUGCUUGUGAUCGCACUGCUGCUACACUAAAGUCAGGAAUAAGACGUUUCCUUAACCAGGGUCAUGAUGUUGUGACUGCAUCACAAAUGAAGAAAGCAAUAGAAACAACUGCCAAGAAUGUGAAAUAUGUUGUAAAAGUAGUUGACUUCAAAGAUCAAGUUCCAGUCAGUGUUGCUGUCAAGAUGAACAUUCCAUCUUUAUCUACAUAUAACAACUUCGAGUUUGAGAAAGAUUUCAUACGAGUAUGGAGGCAUUUUAACAUUGGCAAUGGAAAAGUAAUCAAGAAACCUGAAGGUUUUUCUGUGCUGCUUCCUACACUGCAAGUGGUUGAGUCGUCAACACAUGAUGUCACCUUUCACAGUUUGACAACAUCAACAAAAAAAAGUGGAAAGAGUGAAGAUGUUUUUGUAUGCUCAAAUGAUGGUUGCAUGGCAUCUUUUUCUACAUAUGAGGAAUGUCAGGACCAUGCAACCAUUGAUAACUGUGAACUACAGCCAGAGAAAAAAAUAAAAGUUGAAGCAGUUAGUCUUUACGUUGAAAAAUUAAAUAAAUCCCAUUUUAAUUUGAAUAACAUAGAAAUUGCCUCAACAACAUCACUAUCUGUUUCUCCCAAUGUAUUGCAGAUGGGCUGGUCUUUGAAGGAAGGAAGAAAAAAUGUGAGAUUUAUUGAUAAGCAAAAGCAAUUCCUUAUUGACAAAUUUAACAACGGAAUAGUAUGUGGUCACAAAGAAGAUCCUGAAAAUGUAUCAGAAGCAAUGAAAUUUUCUACAAACCCAGAUGGAAGUAAAAUGUUUAGAAUGGAGGAAUUUCUUACCCCUCAACAGAUAAUGAGCUUUUUUUCACGGCAUGCAAGAAAAAGUGAUGCUGCUAGGGAGCUGGUUAUUUCGGAACUACAGCAAAGUUUCCAAUAACAAUCUUAAUUAACAUUUACUAUGGCUGUUUCAUUAUGCAAAAUAUGCAAAAUAUCUGAUUUUUGGUUUGUAGAAAAUAGAUGAUCCUAACAAGCAGUUGUACAAUUAUAAUAAAUAUCUGCAAAUACUUUGAAAAGAAAUAAGUUAUGCCCACAAUAAUUGUAACCAAACAUUAUCAUGAUUAGCAUUAGCUAUUGAAACUUGCCUAGAAAUAAGAUAAUUAUCCAUGCCUUCACAAAUUUAUAGUUGCAAAAUUUACAAUAUGUAACAAAGAACACUUCUUCUUGAUGACAAAAUAUUCAAGGUUAACUUAACUCAAGGAAUUUAUUUUUUAAUUCAUAUUCUGCAUAAUACACAUGUAAUAAUUUCAAAUUCAAAUGACAAUUGUCAAACUUUUGGAAUAUAUGAUUCAAAAUUAUUGAAAAAUAUUGAUUUGAAUGUAAGCUUCAACAAUCAAUCAUUGAUGUAGUUAUUAUUACUCCCAUUAUUAACCUUAAUUAAAUCUAUUGUCUUGGUUUUUUUUCUUAAAAGAAAAACAUUGUAUAAUAUGCGUUAUAUCUUUUUAAUUUAUUGAAUUAACAAUUUGCAUGUAUAGAAAUUAUGAUCUUUACAAAAAUUGUGUGAACCAAACCAUCAACCCUACUGCCAAAAAAUUAUAAAUGAACAACAAAUUUCUUCAUGAUUAAAUCGAGUUAGGGUGUUGCCUUUGAUAUUCUUCAACAACAUAAUUAUAAUACAGUCAUAUCAAAUUUGUUUCAUACAAACUAUUAAUCUAAGAAUAAUUAUAAAACCAAUCCAAUUCAUAAUUUUUGUUUUAUGGAUGGAAAUAUUUGUUUCUUAUUUUAUUAUAAAUAAAGUUGUAACUACUGCUGUAAAUGAUAUUUGAAGAAUUGAAAAAUUAUGUUUUUAAAUCUAAACUACAAGUUCUUAAUGUUACUAUGUUGAAUUAAAGCCUAGAAUACUGUUUGGUUGGUAUGCAAUAUUGGAGAAAGGUCAUUGGCCAAUAGCGUAUCUUUAAAACAGUAGGCUUUUCAUUAAUGAAAAUUAAUAAUAAAGAAUUUUCAGAUUGGCAGAUUGCAAUUUGAGAAUAAAAGGCAAUUUUUUGAAAGCUUAAUAUUAAGUUUGAUAUUCACCAUUCAAUUUCAAUCAAUUUCCAACCCCUUGCAUUUACAAUAUAUGUCUGUUUGGUUAAUUAGAAAAUGUAAGGAAAAGGUCGAAAGAUUAAGGUCAUUUGAAGGAUAAAAUCACCAUUUUUCAUAUUUAUAUUUAAUUAUUAUUGACUUAUUGAAGCAUUCAAUGUGUGUUUAUUAUUUUAUUUUCAUUUCUUGAACAAAGAUGAUCAUUUGAUAUGAAAAAAUUACAAAAUUGACCUGUAUAUGUUUGGAAAUGUAUUUAAGGAUUAAAAAAAAAAAAAAAAAAAAUCAAAAAA